AUGCGUGGCAUCCUCCUCAAUUGGACCAAGGGCUUCAAGGCCUCCGGAGCAGAAGGGAACAACAUCGUGGGGCUCCUCCGUGACGCCAUCAAACGGAGAGGGGACUUCGAAAUGGACGUGGUAGCGAUGGUCAACGACACAGUGGCCACCAUGAUCUCCUGCUACUACGAAGACCGCCGGUGUGAGGUCGGCAUGAUUGUGGGCACAGGCUGUAACGCCUGCUACAUGGAGGAGAUGCAGAACGUGGAGCUCGUGGAAGGGGACGAGGGCCGCAUGUGCGUCAACACUGAGUGGGGCGCCUUCGGGGACUCCGGGGAGCUGGACGAGUUCCUGCUGGAGUAUGACCGUGUGGUGGACGAGAACUCCCUGAACCCCGGCCAGCAGCUGUACGAGAAGCUCAUCGGCGGCAAGUACAUGGGCGAGCUGGUGCGGCUUGUGCUGCUCAAACUCGUGGACGAAAACCUGCUUUUCCGCGGGGAGGCCUCGGAACAGCUGCGCACGCGCGGCGCCUUCGAGACCCGCUUCGUGUCGCAGGUGGAGAGUGACUCUGGGGACCGCAAGCAGAUCUACAACAUCCUGAGCACGCUGGGGCUGCGGCCCACGGCCACCGACUGUGACAUCGUGCGCCGUGCCUGCGAGAGCGUGUCCACGCGUGCCGCGCACAUGUGCGCCGCGGGGCUGGCGGGCGUCAUCAACCGCAUGCGCGAGAGCCGCAGCGAGGACGUGAUGCGCAUCACCGUGGGCGUGGACGGCUCGGUGUACAAGCUGCACCCCAGCUUCAAGGAGAGGUUCCAUGCCAGCGUGCGCCGGCUGACGCCCAGCUGCGAGAUUACCUUCAUCGAGUCGGAGGAGGGCAGUGGCCGGGGCGCGGCCCUGAUCUCCGCGGUGGCCUGCAAGAAGGCCUGCAUGCUGGGCCAGUGACCGCGGAGGCCACCAGGCAAGGAGGAGGCAGUGGCUCGCUGGACCUGGGCCCCAGGGGAUGUGCUCCCCACAGAUGCCCCCACCCUCGCCCAGGAAAGAGGUCUCUCUUUGUGAGGACCGGGGACGCCUCCCAUCCCCACUGCCUCCC